CAGCAGGCUAUGGCACAGUUUGCAGCAAGAACCUUUGCAAAAUGAAGCUGAUGUUUCUCUUGCUUUUGUGCUGUUGCCUUUUCAGUUUGGCCUAUGGCACUGAUACUGUCGCCACCAAGCCACCAUUUGUGCGCAGUCGAUAUAGUCUACGAUGGCGUAAGACAACCACUGCCAUUCCAGAGACCACAACGGGUCGUCCCGUAGAGAUUGUUACCUCAACGGAACAUCCCAAGGUGGGCACCUCAACGGCCAAUCCCGAUUAUGAUUACUAUGGCAAUGGCGACGCUGAGAACAUGAUGCAUAAAUAACCAGCGUUAUACGGUUGACAAUCCCAGUAUAUA